AUGGUUGUAUUACCACUUGUGUUUCUGUUGGGGUCGCAGUUCCUCUGCGGUCGUGGGGAGUUCCCGUCCGCCGGCAUUGAGGGGCUGAAACAGGCAGCACUCGAAUGGAAAGGGGAAAGGAAGUGGCCGUGUGUCACAUGGGACUGCAACUGUGCUUUCCAGCACCAGCGUGGCUGCUGCUGUGUAGCUGAUCAAAUGUUCAAAUUAGAGGAGGAUACAUACGAGAGGAUUGAAUACUUGUGGCACGAUAUCAUCUCGCUGAAAUACAAAGUGAAAAAGCUCACAGAUUACAGACAGAUUGCCUUCAAAGCCACCAUGGCUCUAAGUGCUGGCACUAAUCUUUGCUUUGGUCCUUUCAAUACCAAUGUGCCGAUCCCCUACGCCAACGUCAGUCUUAAUGAUGCGAAUGGAUAUCAUCCUUCAUUGGGUGUCUUCACUGCUCCUUGUGCUGGUGUUUAUGUCUUCUCCUUCACAGUCUACUCAAAUGUGUGGAGGAAUGGGCUCCUCUACUAUAAAGUCCAGCUCAUGAAGAACGGAGUGGUGGCGGUCAGCGUCUGGGAGAACAACCGAGAAGACUUUGAAGACACCGCCAAUCAAGUGUUGGUGCUGAAGCUGCAGCGAGGCGAUCAGGUCUACACUGAGCUGAUGUCCGGGAGGAAGCUCUGCGGACACCUGCAGUACAAUAUCUUUACCGGUUACAUACUGUACCCCGACGCUGAAGAGAAUGAGUAUUAAACUUUCAGACAGG